AUGAAGGUCCAGAGCAUCUUGUUUUCCCUCUUCGUUGCUGCCUCCGCGGCACCUUCUGCAACAGCCUCCAAGUCUUUGGAAUUUAGCGGAAGCCAACUCAAAGGUGUGAUCAACGUGCUCAACAGCUAUGGAAAAGGAAACAUUCCCGCCGCCGAUCAGAUCAUUAAUUGCACUGUGACUUAUACCCUGUCACUGAGCACUGGACCUCCAUACACCAUUGACCUGGCGACUCUCGAUCUUUCUGGAUGCACCUAUUCUAGCGCUUAA